GGCUGGUCCAGUAGAGCGACACGCUGAAGCGCGCCCCUGUGAUGCAGCAAGGGAGGAGGGUGGUGGGGAGAAAUGCUAAAUUGUGGUGGUGUUAAAUAAAGACCUCACCUCACGUCCCUCAUUUCCGAGAAUAAAUCUCCGUCUUAUCGCGACAGACAAAGCAUCGCAUCACUACCGAGGAAUAUCGUUUGAAGAAGAGAAGGCACUCAAAUAACGGAGGACAGGAUGGUGCGAUUAAGCUUCCUAGAGCUGGUAACAGUGGCAUCAAUAUAUUUCUCCACGACAGCGGCAGUUGACACGACAGUCGGCACAAAGUUCAAUGCCAAAGACGGCAGUAUCAAUUUCGCUCUCAAUGUCCCCCAAGCAGACGAGAACAAUGAUCUCUACUUCACGAUCCAAGCGCCGAGCGUCAGCACAUGGGUCGCUAUUGGGUUCGGCAGUGAUAAGAUGGAAAACUCCCUAAUUUUCAUGGCGUACUCCGAUUCCACGGGCAAAAACGUAACCCUCAGUCCGCGGCUUUCACACGGUCAUGUCGAACCCUCUUUCACCAAGAAUGUCACAGUCGAGGUGCUUACAGGCACCCAAAUUUCGAAUGGCAAUUAUACGGUCAAUGCCAUGUGUAGAAACUGCCGCUCGUGGAAAGGGGGGUCGAUCGAUCCUACAAGCACAGCAGCCAAAUUCAUUUAUGCGACUGGUCCCGGUGGAAACUUCAAGAGCAAUUCCCUGACAGCCGAUAUCAAGCGACACGAUCUAUAUGGAACUUUCACAAUGGAUUUGACGAAGGCAGUUGGAAUCAAAGGCGUGCCAGUAAUGCAAUUCGCGGACGGUACAGGGACAGAGCAAACAAAGGAUGAAUCUGACAGAGAUUUUGCCCCUCCUGCUCAUGCUGUGUUGAUGAUCCUAGCAUUUGUGGGGAUAAUGCCAGUUGCUGUUAUGAUUCUACGAAUAUUGAAUAGCCCGAAAUGGCACGGAGUAGCACAAACUGCGUCUGCAAUUGUGGCCUUGAUUGGUGCAGGAGUGGGAAUCAAAGCCGGCAUGCAAUAUAACCGAACCAUGAACUUCAACUCUGCGCACCAAAUUUUUGGAAUCAUAAUCAUCGCAGCCAUGAUUGGCCAAUUCGUCCUCGGGUUCCUCCACCACAGAAUGUACAAGUUGACACAAACGACCACAAAGCUGGCACCGAUCCAUCUGUGGCUCGGAAGAGUCGUUAUCCCAGCUGGAAUAGCCAACGGCUUUCUGGGCUUCCCCUUGGCUCUAAACCCUAAAUACAACUGGGCUCUUCUCGCAUGCGUGCUCCUGGUCAUCGUUCUCGCUGGCCCGUUCGCAUUCUGGAGAUUCCGCCGGAACAUUCACAAGAAGAAUGCACUUGCCGAUGAGCCAACCGGAUAUCAAGCACAGCCUUGGAUGGCUGCACACCAUUCGGAGGCUUCGAGCGAUAUCAAUCUCAGUCAGAUAAAUUACCAGCAACGAAAUCACCCUCCAAUCUAUCAGGAGUCUGUCCAGGGCAGACAGUUCGUUUGAGGACCGGGUAACGAGUUUCACAUUUGACCGGCGUAUUGGAGGAUCACGGGCAUAGGGUAGUGGCGUUUGGGUAAAGUACUGAAUGGUCUUUGUACAAUGAUAUCCCUGGUCUGGACUUAUGACUAGAUUGUGAUCGGCUGUCAGGGUUUGAUACAAGUUUUUGGAGAUGCGUGGAUCCUGCCGAUUCCGAAAUUGAUACAAAAUAUGGUUUAAACCCUUGUUCAAAGAUUGGGACAUGAUAAUGGUAUCUGUUGUUUGUUAAUAGCGACACCGCUUCCAGGAUCUGCGACCUUACCAAUCACCUGGUCAUAAAGUCCAUUAUCAGAUGCCUAGAAUCUAAACCCUUACAUCCAUGUCUACGUUAAGCGCCAGGUCGACGAAGAAUUCAGCGGCUUCGGUUUCACUUGCACUGGUCAAUCAUGGAGGAAGUGGAGCUGCACAGCACCGAUCAGGUGCCUCCUUAUGAUCUGAUGCGAGGCUUCAGACUGAAAAUGAAUACCGCUUACGCCUGGUCCCAUGGAUUUGGAUACACUGUUGACGCUUGAAAUUUUGUAUCUAAGAAUUCAGUACGUGUCCACCAUGCAGGGAGCGCCAAUUAUGUCAACCACCAACGUAAACAGUCUCGCUUAAAUGCCGAGCUUUCCGAGGGUAUCGAAACAAACAGAUCAACAUCUCUAUUGUGCAGACACAGAUACAAGGACGUGGCGGUGACUUAGUGCGGU